AUGAGUGGACUCUUUCAACGUGUAAAAAAUGCCUUCAAAAGAAAUCCUUCUUCUGAAAAUAUACCAACUAAUUCAACUAUAGAUUUUGAUAAUGAAGAAAUAGAUGAUACUAAUACAAGGCAACCUUAUCGUCCAAAUGAAGAUCUAGAUGAUAUUAACGAUGAAAUGAAAAAUGUCACAUAUAAUAAUCGAUCACAACUAACAAAUCUUCGACAACAACAAAGAGAAACAAUACCAUCAGAUGAAAAUUCUCAACCAUCUUUAUUAAAUACUCGUAAUACUAAUUUGAGAAAAAAACCAAAUGAUUUUCAAUCUGGUCAAUCACACACUAAUGUCAUGAAUAGAAAUGUAAAUUCUUCAGUAAAUAACAAUGUUGUUCCAAUAACAAAUUCUACUAUACAAGAACGUUUACCAUUUCAAUCUCAAACUCAAGAUCCUUCUUCUCGUCCAUCACAACAACAAAGUAUGCCACAAGCACCAAUUAAUAAUCUUUCACCAGGACAAAAUCAUCAACAAUCAUCAAUACCUUCAACAAAUCAAAUUCUUCAAUCUUCAUUACGUAAUAAUUUUUUAUCUGCUAUGAAUCGAAAUCGACGACCAUUUCAAAUCAAUCGUAAUUCAACAUUAAUUGGUUUUCCUCGAGAUUUAAAUACACGUUUACAUAAUUCAUCAUAUAGGUUUAAUAGACCUUUCUUUUCUAAUCAAUUAAAUCGAUCUUUUUUCAAAAAUCGUUUAUUACCAUUUCAAGCCGAUAGACAAAUUUCUAAUUAUAAAUUUGAUUAUCCAAUUGAAAAUGUUUUUAUCGAUAAAAAUAUUCCUUCAUCAAUAGCAAUUAAAAUAAAUGAAGCUGUCGAAUAUGAUCGUUUUGGUAAUAUGUAUCAUAAUCAUCAUUAUGCAUAUGAACCAACAAUUCAACAUAUGAAUUUUGAUAAUAAUCAACAAAUUGAUCGUCAUAUUAUUGAAAAUUCUCAUCCUAAAGGUAUAAGAUAUAUACGAGAAAUUCACAAUGAUUCUCCUUUCAAUAGAAGAAAUUACGAUUGUUAUCCACAAGAAAUAGAUGAUGAAAUUUUUCAAAAACAAAAUUAUAAUAAUCUACAAUUAAUGAUUGAUUGUAUACCUGAAAUUAAUUAUCAAACAAUAUCAUCUCAAGAUAAUUUUAACUAUUAUCCAAUGCCUAUAAAACAUUAUAUAGCAUGUGCUCUACCUUAUGAUCCAAUGCGAAUAGAAUAA